CGGUAGGAUCCGUUCACGUUGCUAGAACACGAGUAUUCUAACUAGUGACGGCGGAUUCCAAUCCCUUAGACGGAAAGAAGAACCAUCGCAGCCCAGUCGUGCCGGAACAAGGAACCGUCCAUCACCGUUUCGAGAGGCAAGAAUUCGGAGUAGGAUCUGUUCACGUUGCUAGAACACGAAUAUUAUAACUAGUGCCGGCAGAUUCCGACCCCUAAAUCUAGGGAACAACGAAGACAGCCCAUCGUACCGGAACAAGGAUAAACCCAUCAACCGUCUCGAAAGGCAGCAAUGAAAAUAGUACUAGAAGCCCUUUGCGAAGCGCAGUUGCUUAGACAUUCCGAUCGUGUUCCUGUUACAUGUCAAUCUUCAAUCGUCUUGGCCUCCGAUUACAAUGUUAUAGAAGUCGACUUUAAUUAUUGGCUAAUUACCGUAUCCGAACCACUACCAAUCUCCAUUAAAUGUGGAAAAAGAGACCUCGUAGCCGAAAUGUUAAAAACUAAUUCUUUACUUAAACUACAACCAGAUUGCAGUGCAUUUAUUGGAAGCUCCAGAGUACGAGCUAAAAACUUUGUCGAAGAAUAUAAGAACGUGACCUACAAGAGCCACGCCGUGGAGAUUCCAUAUGAUUGCUGUUCUCACAUUCCAGAGAAGUUUCAACCCCCAGAGUUGAAACCCCUGAAGCUAAGUAAGAUCGACACCGACGACCUUAACGUGGCCCAACACAAGCUGCACGAAUAUUCGGAAAAAUUAGAAAACCUACUUCAUCAACCAACCCUUCAGAAACAUUCUCACUGGCUGACAAUUAUUUCGAUUAUUUUAAUGACUGUUUUAGUACUUUGCUAUCUCGUUUGCAAAUGCCGGAGAAAGAAACCGACAACACUCAGCAUCGCCGAUGGUAACGAUCCUCAACAACCUCCGAAGCCAAGUCGAAGAUCCCUGAUCCCUAUGCAACUCAAAUCACUAACUCCGAAAAGACGGACUAGCAUCCAUCCAGAAGUAACUACCCGAGAACCUACGCUUUAAUUAGUCUACGAAAAGCUGCAGCAAGGCUCCACCUUUUCACUUAAUGGGGGAGCUGUUAUAUCCGGAAAUCCUAUUGUCCACAUGGGUUAAAUGCCACCGACCUGCAAGAGUGCAACGAUUGCGAAAACGUCGUGUCAACGAUAUGUCGCAACAUCCGCAGCCGUCG